CUCUCGACGAUAACAUAUACUUACGUUCUCAGGCCUGACAUCGACUGCCAUGUCUUCUGAUAUCCAACCACUCGUGACUCUGUGUUUUCCGAACCGGCAGUAGUCUCGAGCUCGCGAUCUUUCUACCGCAUGACGCGAUUGCCAUUGCACCUCAUACAGGGGCGGCUUUUCGAGUCACGCACUGACAUAACUUCAUGGCGGCACGAUGACGGAACGUACGCCCAAUAAAUAUAUGUACAUGACAGGAUCCGGCCCAAAGUGUUGCGAACACCUCCUUCGAGUCUUCUCCCAUGGCCCAUCAAUUUCACAAAGCUCCUGAGUUUGAGACUCUCCAGCUACACGCUGGGCAGGAGCCCGACCCUACUACGAAUGCGCGGGCACCUCCUAUCUACGCUACCACUAGUUUCGUCUUCAACAAUUCUGAGCACGGCGCCGACUUGUUCGGCCUUAGGACGUUCGGCAACAUCUACUCUCGUAUUGGCAAUCCGACAGUAGAAGUAUUCGAGAAGCGUAUUGCCGCUCUCGAGGGCGGAGCUGCCGCUGUCGCUGCCUCUAGUGGACAAGCAGCGCAGUUCAUGGCGAUUUCGACAAUCGCUGGCGCCGGGGACAACAUCGUGUCUACGUCCUUCUUGUACGGUGGUACCUACAAUCAGUUCAAAGUCUACCUGAAGCGAUUCAACAUCGGUGUCAAAUUUGUGACCAGCGAAGACCCAGAGGCGUUCGCCGCGGCCAUUGAUGACAAGACGAAGGCUAUAUACAUAGAGAGCAUCGGGAACCCGAAGUACAACGUUGCGCCAAUCCCGGAGCUUGCAAAGGUGGCCCAUGAUCACGGUAUCCCGUUGAUUGUGGACAACACAUUUGGCAUCGGAGGUUACCUCAUUCGUCCCAUCGACCAUGGUGCAGACAUUGUCGUUCACAGCGCCACGAAGUGGAUAGGCGGCCAUGGAAACACGAUUGCAGGCGUGGUCAUUGACUCUGGCAAGUUUGACUGGGUACGGUCUGGCAAAUUCCCCACUUUCACUGAGCCGUCCGAGGGCUACCACGGCCUCAAAUUCAGCGAGACGUUUGGACCGAUCGCCUUCGCCAUCAAGCUCCGCGUCGAGGUGUUGCGCGAUCUCGGCUCGACACUCAACCCAUUCGGCGCGUUCCUCCUGCUGCAGGGGCUGGAGACGCUCAGUCUGAGAGGAGAGAGGCACUCGCAGAACGCACUUGCGCUCGCACAGUGGCUCGAACAGCAUCCGAAAGUGUCAUGGGUGUCGUACCUCGGCCUUGCGUCGCACUCAUCGCACUCGGUCGCGCAAAGGCUACUAAGGCCAAAUGUAUAUGGCGGUGUCCUCAGCUUCGGCGUCAAGGGUGGCAACGACGCGAAGGUCGGCAGUGCUGUCGUAGACAACUUGCGCCUGGCGAGCAACCUUGCUAACGUUGGCGACGCGAAGACACUAGUGAUUCAUCCCGCGACGACAACGCACCAGCAGCUCACGACGGAGGAGCAAUUCGCAACGGGUGUUACACCUGACUUGAUCAGGGUGUCUGUUGGCAUUGAGAACAUCGCAGACAUCAUCGCCGAUUUUGAGGAGGCCUUGAAAGCAGUGCCCUGAAUAGAUAAAUGUUGAAGGCAAGAACACCCAGCCUGGAGACUUUGCUUGCCGUGUGUUCAUAUAGUACGACGACGUACGUUCAUGUAGGAUACCCGCUCGUAAGAAGAACAAUCAUCAUAACUGUCUGACAUUA